GAGAAAACAAGUUAGGUCCUCAUUAAAGUGUUGAUAAAAAAAUAUAUAUUCCUCCCCUCUCUGAUUAGAGUGACGAGUUGUAUUAUUGUUCUUGCCAGCUCCCAGAGCAAUCGUGGUCUCCGUCUCGAUUAGCUGCCCCUUGAGCCAUCUUGCAUCGACCAGCCGGGUCUGCUACACAGCGGCGGCUCAGAGAGCGGUCCUCCCCGGUCCGCCUGGCAGACGCCUCCCCUCCGCCGCUUUCUCUUCAGUGGCGUGCUCUUUGUCGCGAGCCUAUUUCUUUCCCCAUUUCUCCCCCCCCCCUACCCCCUCCAAGUCUGUGGACUCCACCGGAUCGGCCAACCAUGGGCAAAAAGGAGGAGGAUGAGAUCAUCAGAAUUGCGAAGAAGAUGGAUAAAAUGGCGCAGAAGAAGAACGGGGCCGGUGCCCUGGACCUUCUGAAAGAGCUGCGCUGUGUCCCCAUGAGCCUGGAGCUGCUUCAGUCCACCAGAAUCGGGAUGUCCGUUAACGCCAUCCGCAAGCAGAGCACAGACGAUGAGGUGACAGCCCUCGCCAAGUCCUUGAUCAAAUCAUGGAAGAAGCUUCUGGAUGAGCCUGGGGGUGGAGACAAACCUUCAGAUGAGAAGAGGAAAGAGCAAACACCCGUUUCUCCCUCACAGGGAAGCCCAGAGGCAAAAGAAGAAAGCUCCUGCAGUAACUCCAGCAGCAAGAGCGAACCCGCGGAAGUCUCAACCAACACGUUAAUCCACACUUUUCCUCGUGCCCCAAACACCUCGGAUUCUGUGAGGGUCAAGUGCCGAGAGCUGCUGUCCAAUGCUCUGCAGUCUGGCGAUGAUUAUAUUGCUAUUGGUGCUGAUUGUGAUGAACUUGGAGCACAGAUUGAGGAAUGCAUCUUCCAAGAGUUUAAGAACACAGACAUGAAGUACAAAAACCGCGUGCGAAGCCGAAUCUCAAAUCUGAAGGAUAUGAAAAACCCCAAUUUAAGGAGGACUGUGUUAUGCGGGAGCGUAACCCCUGAGCGGAUGGCUAAGAUGACCGCAGAGGAAAUGGCCAGUGAUGAGCUGAAAGAAAUGAGGAAGAAUUUGACCAAAGAGGCUGUCAGGGACCACCAGAUGGCCACCACUGGAGGCACGCAGACCGAUCUAUUCACCUGUGGCAAGUGCAAGGGGAAGUGCUGCACAUACACACAGGUUCAAACUCGCAGUGCUGAUGAGCCUAUGACCACGUUUGUCUUCUGUAAUGAAUGCGGGAAUAGAUGGAAGUUCUGCUGAAUCUGCGGGCAUCAUCCACGGCACCCUGACAAGUAGCAAAAUUCCAGGACCAGGUCUAUCUGCAACAGAUUGGAGUUUUGUAUUCUGUGACACAUGGUACACAUCAUGCCAUACAAAGACGCCACUGCAGUUACAGUUUGAAUAAAUACCCUGUUCAUAGAUUGAGCUCAUUGUCAGUUUCCCCGAUGCCCCGCCCCCAAAUCUUUUAUCAUUGUUAUUAGUCGUUUCUCACCGUCAGAUAUAUAUACGAUCAAUCUUGUCUCAUUCUCUUUUAUCUGCAUUUUUUUAUAUGUAGUUUUAACACUUUGGAUAAUGUUGUUUUGUUUUCCCCUCACAACAUUGCAUUGUUUUAUUUAAUUUCCCAAUAAAGUGUAAUCCAUUUGAUUAAAUAGAAGUGCUUUUCA